UGACAAAACAAAGAUGUCGACGCCCUAUUCUCACAUGUUUUGAUAAAGUUGCUAUACAUUUUGUUGUUAUUUCUUUGUAAGCAGAUUUAAAUUCUCGUGCCUACUACAUUAUUCCAAUAUGAAGUCGGGAACUGCACUGAUAUAUGAUGAGGAGAUGACCAAAUAUAAACUUCUGUGGGUUGACCCAGCAUGUAAGAUAGAGGUUCCUGAACGCCUUACUGUGAGCUAUAAAGCUCUGGAAGAGAAUGGCCUUGCCCAGCGUUGUGUCAAUGUGCCUGUGCGCCAGGCCACUGAUGCAGAGAUUCUACUGGCACACAGUGAAGAGUAUCUGGAGGCUGUCAAGAAGACCCCUCACAUGACCCUGGAAGAGCUGAUGACCUUUACCCAGCAGUAUGGAGAUGUCUACUUCCACCCAAACAUCUACCACUGUGCCAAGCUGGCUAUAGGUGCCACACUCCAGCUGGUGGACAGUGUGCUGACAGGGAAGGUGAGGAACGGCAUGGCGUUGGUCAGACCUCCAGGACAUCACAGUCAACGUAGUGCUGCUAACGGCUUCUGUGUGUUCAACAAUGUAGCUAUAGCAGCCCACUAUGCUAAAAAGCACCACAAUGUUAAAAGGGUGCUAAUUGUGGACUGGGAUGUACAUCACGGACAAGGGGUGCAGUACAGUUUUGAGGAUGACCCAAGUGUCCUCUACUUCUCCUGGCACCGCUAUGAGCACCAAGACUUCUGGCCCAAACUUCGAGAGUCAGACUAUGACAGUGUAGGCAAGGAGAAAGGAGCUGGCUUCAACAUCAAUGUUCCCUGGAACAAGGUUGGUAUGGAAAACAGUGACUAUCUGUCAGUCUUCUUUCAUGUCCUCCUACCUGUGGCAUACGAGUUCUGUCCAGAUUUGGUAUUGGUGUGUGCAGGGUUCGACUCGGCCAUAGGUGAUCCAGAGGGACACAUGUGUGCCACCCCAGACAUAUUUGCCCACCUCACCCACCUCCUCAUGUCCCUGGCUGGGGGUAGACUGUGUGCAGUGCUUGAGGGAGGGUACAACCUGACCUCUCUCGCCCAAUCAGUAUGCCAGACGGUCCAAACCUUGCUCGGAGAUCCCGCCCCCCAACCGUCAGAGCUGAUUGGCCCCUGUGAGAGUGCUCUGGAGUCUAUUCAGUGUGUCAGGGCAGCACAUAAGCCAUACUGGGACUGCCUCAAACAUGCAGAGGCUCCACCCAUCUCUGAGCCCAGUACCAAACGCUGUAAACAGACAGAGGGAGAAGGAAACGGGAAGGCAGAAGAUGGAGAGAAGGAGGAGGAGAUGGUUGUCUGGCAAGAGUCUCCAUUGAGGCUGGUCCCUCCAUCCCGUACAGCUGCAGUACUGCCAGCUGAGGUGAAGCCUCUGGAGGGAUGUGAUCUGCUGGAACCCUCCCUGGCUCCUGCAGCAGACAUACUGCAGACACUGAGGAAUGACCUUUUUGAAAAAUCUGUGGAUGAAGCAUCUCUCAAGACCCUUUACAGUGUUAUUACUCUUUUUGAAAAAAUGAAGAAAAAUGAGAUUCGGAAUGGUUUGGCGCUGGUUCCUCAUGUUCCCGUGGCAAUUUCAUGUGCUGUUAAGCAUGCUGCUGAGUCACUUACCAACCGGGUCCUAGUGGUGUUUGUGGGGGAGGAGGACGUCACAACCUACAGCACAGAAGAGGGGAAAAUGCUGUUCGUGCAGAUAAGCAGGGGGCAGUCAGGAGAGCAGAAAUCCCAGUAUAAAGUCUCUGUGUGUCUGAAAAAGUCUCCACCAGAGGACCGUAGUGACGUAGCCGGGCUCAUGCAUGCAGUGCUGGGCCUGCUCCUGCCCCUGGCCUACGAGUAUGACCCUGGUCUGGUCCUGCUUGCCCGAUCGCCUGGCUGUGGGGUAGGGGAGGCAGCCUGGGCCCAGCUCACCAGCCUGCUCCAGGGGCUGGCACAGGGGCACACACUGGUACUCUUACAGGUGGGGGAGGAGAAGGCUCUAAGGGGCACCGCAGCCUCUCUUCAAGGGGACCCUGUGCCCUCCUUGGGCCCCCUAGGACCCCCCCCACCUGAAGAUGUUGAGGCAGUAGAGAGACAGAGACAGAGGCUGCAGACCAGCUGGAAGCUACUGCAGACCACAGCAAUAUCAGAAAAAUGACCCAGGGACCAAGAUGACCACGUUCACACCUGUGAUUUACAACCAGCAAGAUCCUACAUUUUCAAUUUUGAUACAGUUUUCAUAAUGUGUGUAAUAUUAAUAUUAAAUAAUAUUAAUUGGUAGCACAGUUGUCAAUUGUUAGCCUACAAUUGUUAGACACUUUUAUUUUAAUUUGUAAACUUUCUGCUAAAAUUGUAGGCCUAUCCCUCCUAUACAAGUAUUUGAUUUGUAUUCUGUAAACUCUCCUAUUAAAUGUCAGAAUGGU